UGGAUUCUCUGUCUCCUCCCGCCCCCUAGAAGCGCGCUGCGCCCGAGCCCAGCGAAGCGCCGGCGCGCCAUGGUGAGUCCAGCACUCCCGGCCGUGCUGCUGCCGCUGCUGCUGCUAGUGCUGCGCGCCCCGCCGUGCCGCGGCUUCCCAGGAUCGGGAGACUCACCGCCAGAAGACGAUGAAGCUGAGUAUUCACACGCUAGAUAUAAAGAUACCCCGUGGUGUUCCCCCAUCAAAGUGAAGUACGGGAAUGUGCACUGCAGGGCCCCUCAAGGAGGAUACUACAAAACAGCCCUGGGAACCAGGUGUGAUGUUCGCUGCCAGAAAGGCUAUGAGCUGCAUGGCUCUUCCCAGCUGAUCUGCCAGUCAAACAAAAGGUGGUCUGACAAGGUCAUCUGUAAACAAAAGCGAUGUCCUACCCUUGUCAUGCCAGCAAAUGGAGGGUUUAAGUGUGUAGAUGGCGCCUACUUUAACUCCCAGUGUGAGUAUUAUUGCUCCCCAGGAUACACAUUGAAAGGGGAGCGGACAGUCACGUGUAUGGACAACAAAGCCUGGAGCGGCAGACCAGCUUCCUGUGUGGAUAUAGAACCUCCUAGAAUUAAGUGCCCAAGUGUGAAGGAACGCAUUGCUGAACCCAAUAAGCUGACGAUCCGGGUGUCUUGGGAUACCCCUGAGGGAAGAGACACAGCAGAUGGCAUCCUGACUGAUGUUAUUCUAAAAGGCCUCCCCCCAGGCUCAAAUUUUCCAGAAGGAGAUCACAAGAUUCAGUACACAGUUUACGACAGAGCUGAGAACAAGGGCACUUGCAAAUUUCGGGUUAAAGUAAGAGUUAAACGUUGCAGCAAACUCAAUGCCCCAGAGAAUGGUUAUAUGAAGUGCUCCAGUGACGGCAACAAUUAUGGAGCCACGUGUGAGUUCUCCUGCAUCGGUGGCUAUGAGCUACAAGGUAGCCCUGCCCGAGUGUGUCAGUCUAACCUGGCUUGGUCUGGCACGGAGCCCACCUGUGCAGCCAUGAAUGUCAAUGUGGGCGUCAGGACAGCAGCUAUACUUCUAGAUCAGUUUUAUGAGAAAAGGAGACUCCUCAUUGUGUCCGCACCCACAGCCAGGAACCUUCUUUACCGGCUGCAGCUGGGAAUGCUACAGCAAGCACAGUGCGGCAUGGAUCUUCGGCAUAUCACCAUGGUGGAGCUGGUGGGUGUGUUCCCAACCCUCAUUGGCAGGAUAGGAACAAAGAUUAUGCCUCCAGCCCUAGCUCUGCAGCUCAGGCUGUUGCUGCGAAUCCCACUCUAUUCCUUCAGUAUGGUGCUAGUGGAUAAGCAUGGCACUGACAAGGAGCGCUACAACUCCCUGGUGACACCCAUGGCCCUCUUCAACCUGAUUGACACUUUCCCCUUGAGAAAAGAGGAGAUGGUUUUGCAAGCUGAAAUGGGCCAGACCUGUAGCAACUGAUGUGAUGGUUUCUCUCUCAGUGGUUCCUCUUCUUCUACAGAGCGCGAUGCACCACAGGGAAGGCCUUAAAAAUAUCCUUGAUGUACAGAUUUUUAUUUGUAAUUUUAAAAGUCUAUUUUAUUAUGAGCUUCCUUUGCACUUAAAAAUUAGCACAAUGCUUUUUGUACUUUGAAGUUUCAAAAAUUAUAUGAAUAUGGUAUUUACUCCUCCUUUCAUUACUCCACCGUGACUGGUUAAUUUUGUAGAGAAUUUAGAAACUACAACCAUACAUAUAUUUUCAACAUGUUAUUCAGUGUAACACAUAACUCCCUUAUAUGCAGUUGUUUAUAUAAAACUUUUAUUAAUAAAAUAUUUUGGAGCAAAUUUAUUAAAACUCCCUUUGUUUUUUAAGCACUGACCAUACUUGCUCAGUGCUGGUCAAAGAUUUUAGGAUUGUGAUGCCUAGUGGUGCUUUAGGAAUGGAAAAUAUAAUUACUUUCCCAGGUAAACUUUGACAUUUUCCCUUCAUUUUCAGAGUAUCAGUUUGGUUGGCAGACUAUUCCUGAACAGACAAAAUUACUAAAUUAAUGGCGGACGGUCUACAGUCCAACAUACGGAGGUUUAAAGCUGGAAGCAAAUUUGACUUUUUUUUUAAAGACUAGGCAGCAUGAUUGCUGUGCUGUGCAUAGGUUUGUACCGUACCUACAAAUAUGAUUUUUUUUUUCCCACAAAGCAUACUAGAAGCCAUUCUUUGAAUUUUCUCUCCUUCAGAUGUAUCAGAUAAAGGUCAAUUGCGUGGCUGGAAGAAGAAUUUAACCAGUAACUAGUUGGGAAGCUAUGAAAAGUUCAAAAGGUUUUUUGUCACAAUUAAAUAAGCAUAUAUCAGCUCGUGUUAAAACUCUUUGUCUUUGACAAGCCAAGGUCCCAUCCUGAAGAUAUACUGACAUUUAAGGAACUGCCUCAUUGUCUUCAAACCAGUCUUCCUAAUAAACUUGGGAUAUUACAGGCAUUUUGCCCAAGAGACACAAACUAUUUAAAGAUGAAUGCACUGUGACAUUUAAAAAUAAAUUACACCAAAACUUCGGGGGCAUUUCUGGAGAUUAAUCAAUAGCUUUCUUUAGAGAAGUGCUUUCUCACUGCAGAUCUUUCAGGACUUUUCUGUGGACUUUUGGGACCCCAUAAACCAAUAAAUAACCCUGUUUGCUUGCUCACACUGUGGUACUGCAGAACUUUGACGUGUGUGUGUGUGUGUGUAUUGGGCAUGAAUUCAAACUGAAAACUGUGUCUGCUUUGUUAGAUGGCUGCUAAAAUCUCAGUUCGGUGCUUUUAGCCUUAACUUAGCUGCUUGGAAUCUAUCCCCCUUCCUUUCCCCCAGUGCAUGUGUAGUGCAAUGGUCAGUCAGAGAUUUAGGUAGUUUAUAUACAGAAUUUGGGUUUCCCUCUCUCCUUUCUGAGGUCUCCCUCAUCACUUUUCAGUUGCUAGGGUCACCCCUACUCUGUCCCCAGCAUGAUGCAUACUGAGACCUGCCCUUAGGCAAAACCCAUAAAAAGUGAUGACUCAGUUUUUUUUUUCAGUUUAGUUGCCUUCUUCCAAGUGAUGACUGCCUUCCAGUAUCUGCCUGAUUUUUAGUCACUCUCCAAUGCCUUCAGGUACUUUUUACAAAUAUUUUGUCCAGAUAUAGUUGUCGCCUGUAGGGGAAGUCUGGUCCAGUAUCUUUUAUGUCAGUGGUUCUUAACCUUAGAUGUCCAUUGGAAUUACCUGGUUGUUUGGCUAAACACUAGUCUUGUUAUUGCAUAAUGUAAUCUAAUGUAAAUUGUGAUGUAAUUAUUUUCCAUGAUGUAAUCAAUCAAGCACUUGAAAAGGGAAUUUCCCUAGGGUGUUUUCUGCCCCCAGAAUAUAAAUAGGUAUUUGGCAGGACUUACUCUAUACCCUUCUUGUCACCUGACCUACCAAUCUUGAGAUACAAGCCUACAGAAGUCUCCAGCCUGGUGCCUGACCUACGGAUUUUCACCUUGCCAGCUACCAGCCCUCCCCCACAAUCAUGCAAACCAAUUCCUUGAAGUAAAUCAAUCUCUAUCUAUAUAUAUACAUAUGUAUGUGUGUGUGUGUGUUUUAGUUGUUUUUCUUUUAAACACAGCUAAAAAUUAGGUAACAAUUUGUAAAGCACCUGGCACAUAGUAUGUACUCAAUAGACGUCGCAUCUGAUCCCUUCCUUUGUCACUACCUGGGAUUUAUUGGCAGGGGAGAGGGGAGGCAUAAAGGGAGCAAAGGUGUCAGGCUUCAGAUUUAGGGGAUGAUAAGUGAACAAAAACCAAAAGGAGGGACAGGUUUAAUAGCUGAGCACCAAGAAGAGUUGUUCGCCAUUAUCCUCGCCUUAGAAACAGAAAUCAGACUCUCAUCCAGCCUGUGUGUGUCAAAUGAUCACAUGUAUUUUUCUCCAAAGACAAACACAUAUAAAAACAAAAGGAACAGGUGACAUAUAAUCCAUCUCCAAGGACUCAAGGAGUAACUCAUAAUAGAACACAUUAGAGAUACCAGGAAAGUGAAUUUAAUGAAAAAGACAUUACACUUUGGAGCAAGUACAGGGUGGCUUAACAUUUUGGUCUCGGGUACAUAAUCCAUCCAGAAGCUUAGAAGCAGGCAGGUGAAAUGUUUAUGUACUGCUACUAAUUUUUUCACCAAACACAGCAAAACGUGCAAAUGGGAACAGUUGUUUGUAGCCAAAAACAAAAACUAGCAAAAUGAAUGCAGGCCUUCCAUCAUCUCUUAUUAUUAAGUACUUAUAAUUGUUGCACAGAGUUCUUCCUUCUUUUUCUCUGUCUCUACUUAAAAACAAACAAAAAGAGACCAAUAUUCUAUCAGAGCAGGAAUUUAGGAGAGUAUAUCGGCAGCUGUUUUUAUCGGCAGCUGAAGCAGGUGCAUACUGAAAACUAAACCACCAAAGCAGAAAUGAACUUACUCAUGUGUAGAUGACCCAGCCUUUGGCAGAGUUUGGAAAAUUAUCCUUAUUUCUCCUCCAGGUGAGCCCCCAUUCAGAGUCCUAGUGACCCAAUGAUCCUUAGCUGUAUUGAAAGUAUGGCUCCCUUCUCCAACCUGCGAAACUCCUGGACUUAUCUUCAGGGCCCAGAGUAAAAUCUAGCCAUGUAGAGGCCUGUCAUAACUACUGUGCUCAAUCCAAUAAUGGCGGCCUAGUGCAUUCACAGAGCUGGGCCAAUACUUGGUCUGACAUUGUGGUGCCCCUCUAUGGGUAUUCUUUAAGUAUUUGUACAUUUAUUCUGAGGAAUACCUGCCUUGGAGAAGGGAUGCAAAGGAGACCCCACGCCCAGGGAAGGCACACCUCUUUUCCCUAUGUCCUUAGCAAUUCAACUCUGGGCUAAACUUGCAAACCCCAUUCAUCAAAACAAAGUCCUGCCUUUAACCAGACUCGUCCUUCUUAGAAGGCAAGGGGUCUCCACCUCACGUAUCUACUCGAGCAGACCUUAUUUCUUUUGGCCAAUUAUUAUUCCCAAGAC